GUCAAAUUUUAUCGUCGCACCUGUUAGCAGAUGUAAACUUCCGGGAAAAAGUCAACAAAUUGUUUACACCAUUUCUCGAUAAAUGUUACAGUGAUUUGCACGUUCUUGGACAUGACAAAGACAUGCAGAUGUGAUGAUGGCAGCACACAUACAUCCAGAGAUAUGAGGGAAAUGAAGAAAGUAGCUGGUGUGGGAAGUAUAGUUCUUGAAACAUUUGCUGAGAAAGAUGACGGUCCAACUGAAAAUGACUACGCAAAAUCUUCUAUUACUACACUGAAAAAUACAUAUCCGCUCAAAUUGAUGGUUCCUUCCCAUGCAAGCAACAACAACUGUAGUUGGAUAUAUCCCAUUACAUUUGGAGGUGGACUUGUUGGUGGAGAUGAGAUCCAGAUGACUUUCCAUGUGAAGAAAGACUGUGCUGGCCUAGUAACAGGCCAAGAAUCUACAAAGGUAUAUCAUUGUGAAGAUGGCUCACAGACACACCAGUAUACUAAAGGAACUGUAGAUCAAGGGGGACUACUCUGUGUUCUUUCUGAUCCAGUUGUCUGCUAUAAAAAUUCAAACUUCACUCAGACACAGGAGUUCAGAAUGAGCAGUGAGGGCAAUCUUGUGUACCUGGACUGGUUGAUAGGCGGUCGUGUGGCUUUGGAUGAACUCUGGCUACUUAAAAGCUACCAGAACAAGACAGAUGUGUAUAUAGAUGACAAGUUAGUGUAUAGAGAUAACUACCAUCUGUGUGACACUGGACCUGUCUCUGUCAAAAAUGCGAUGAAAUCCAUGCAGGUUAUAGGAUCCUGUAUUAUCCUAGGGAACAAGAUGAAAUCCAUUGCUUCAAAUUUAAACAGUACCCUUGGAAGGAAACAAUCUAUAGGUGAAAGAUAUGAUACUGACUUUGUAUGCAGUGUGAGUCCAUUGAAAUACACAGUUGAUGAGGCUGUUGUCACAGGAUUGUACAUCCGAUUUAUGGCUUCGUCUUCGACCAAGGCAUAUUCCAGUGUUGUGUCGUACAUUGUGAAUGAACUGGAGCAAGAGAUAGGUGGCAAUCCAUUUCAAGACAAAUACUAAACACGGAAGUCAACUGUCUUUUGUCAAGGGCUAUUUGUGUUCAGUUGUCCAAGUACUUUGUGAAUCUCUACCUAACUGACUAAACAGAAUAAUAGAAGAAUAGUCAAACAAUGAAGGAACUAGAAUUUAGGAUGAUGUCCUAGCAAUCAUACAGAAUCUGCUUAAUCAAAUUGUUUUUAAAAAAGGAGAAAAAAAAAUGUUAAAAACAUGAAAACCUGCAGUAAUAUGGUUUCACUACUGUUAUCUUAAAAUUGUUGAAAGUUAAGUUUAGAAAAAGUGAUAAAAUCUGUUGGUUUUGUACACAUUUUUUGUCUGUAUAAAGUAAUAUGUCUGUGUCGACAAAUUUUUACUUUUCAUGUUACGCUGUAAAUUACUGUUAACAAAUUUAAUAAGUUUAUGAUAACCUAAUAGAAUAUUUCAUGACAGAAUAAGGAUGAAAGGUUGUACAAGAAGUGCGGUAGAUGUAGGGAAGUAGGAAAGAAACUAGGUCUUUCGUUCCAGACUACAGAAACUUUCCGUCUAUGAGAUUAUUUUACUCAGGUGUGAAAUAAAAUACUGUCUGUU